AUGGCCCAUGGCAAUUAUUCAAUGGUGUCUGAGUUCAUCCUCUUGGGUCUCACAGACCACCUGGAGCUUCAACUCAUUCUCUUUGGUGUAUUCCUGCUCAUCUACUUAGGCAGUGCGUUGGGUAAUCUUGGAUUGAUGGUGCUAAUCCAUAUCAGUCCUCAGCUUCACACACCCAUGUAUUUUUUCCUCACACAUCUGGCUUUCAUUGAUUUCUGCUUCACCUCCUCUAUCACCCCAAACACUCUUGUGAAUUUUCUGCGUGAAGUGAAAAGUAUAACAUUCUAUGCCUGUGCCAUACAGGUAUGCUGCUUCAUCAGCUUUUUGGUGUCUGAGCUGUUUUUGCUCUCCAUCAUGGCCUACGAUCGAUAUGUCGCCAUCUGCAAUCCUCUACUUUAUGUCGUUCUCAUGCCAAGGGGUCUCUGUAUGCGAGUCAUGGCUAGCACAUACAUGUAUGGAUUUGCUGUGGGUCUUGCACAAACCCUGGCAACGUUUCAGUUAUCCUUUUGUGACUCCAAUAGGCUCAACCACUUCUACUGUGACGAUGUUCCCUUAGUUGAGCUGGCCUGUUCUGACACAAGUAUCAAAGAACUGAUGUUGCUGAUCAUUGCUGGGUUCAAUAUACUUUGCUCUCUAUUGAUUGUGAUCAUAUCCUAUGUCUUCAUCCUGUUUGCCAUCUUGAGGAUGAAAUCUGCUAAAGGGAGAAGGAAAGCGUUUUCUACCUGUGCAUCCCACCUGACUUCCAUCACAAUAUUUUAUGGGACAAUCAUUUUUAUGUACCUACAGCUUAAGUCCAGUCAUUCUUUGGACACUGAUAAAGUUGCUUCUGUGUUCUAUGUAAUAGUGACUCCCUUGCUAAACCCAUUGAUCUAUAGCUUGAGAAACCAGGAAGUAAAAAAUUCCCUGAAGAGAAUGGAAGAAAAGUUACAUUUUGCUAACAAAUAA